GCAUUGCUUCAGCUCAGACUGGGAGGCAAACCUCUUUGCGCACGGACGAACUCAUUCUCCAGUGUUGUGCCACUUUGAAAAGCAGUCGAGCCGUAAAUCGGUGUUCACCAACUGCCUUCCCAGCCAAGUGGAAGAAAUCGCUGGCUUUGGAAGUUUCACUGCGGGUGCGGUUUUGUGUUAUUCUUUUGCAAGCGGAAGACAUAGUUUUUUGGCUGUAUUACAUACAAGUACGUCACUGAAGAUUGUGACAGUGAAGGAAAUCGAGUCACCGUUGAAAAAAAGAUCAGAGACGUCACAGGGGAAAUUUUCAGUUAAAGAUGUUGCGACUCGUAGCCCUUCUUGGAAUAGCUAGUCUGCUAGUAUGCCAGUCGGCCGGUCAUGAUGCUGCAAACGCGGAGGAACAAGAAGACUUUUACCCUGCUGAGAGGACGAAUGGUUUUGACAAUUUAAAAGGAAUCAGGGACAGUGAUGACCAGCAUCUACACAGCGCCACCAAGCGAGAUGUUAGCGACAGGCAACGUGAGAUUGAUCUGGCAGCGCAGCAGCCAUUCUACCCGUACGGCAGGAGAACAGACGUACCGGGCCGGCCCAGCGGCUUCGUAUUCGGCAAGAGAGGGCAAUUCUUCCUCCCUUACCAGUAUCAAAAGCGGGAACUAGAUGAGGUCAACCCGUACAGCGUAGCCAAGCGAGACGACGAGUUGACCGGUCUGGAGGAGGAGCUUGACGCCAGCAAACGGUCCAAUGGACCGUAUAGCAUGAGCGGGCUGCGCUCGCUCACUUUCGGCAAGCGUGAAGACGCGUGGAGCCCGGAAAAGAGAGCCGAUCUGUUCCGCUCCUACGCAUUCGGCAAGCGGGCCCUUGGCAGCAACUUUGCCUUCGGCAAGCGUGGCUACUCCUCCUUCGACUUCGGCAAACGCGCGGGACUCGGCAGCAGCUUUACCUUCGGCAAGAGAGGGGUCCCGGAUGUGGACAGAUUCGCCGAUGAGGACGCCCUCCUGCAGGACAACAAGCGCGCCCUCGGCAGCAGCUUCUCGUUCGGCAAGCGGAGCGGUCUGUCCAGCUUCACCUUCGGCAAGCGGGCGGGUGAACGAUAGAACACUGAGGGCGUCCUAUCGCAUA